CGGUGCCGGCCACACCUCCGGCCGCCACCGGCGCUGCCGGAUGAACCGAGGCGGCGGAGCGCGAUGGAGCUCGGCGGUGACGGCGGUGUGUGCGCGUUGCUGCGCCAGGUCGAGGGCCCCGCGGAGCGGCGGCUGCUGGAGUUCUCCUCCUAUGGAAUGAUUGCGCUGGGCGCCGUCUCCGCGCUGCUGCUCCGCUUCAUCCCCAUGCCCUACGGCCGGUACUCCUCGCGGCGCUACGGCUGGCUGCUGCCCGCCCGCCUCGCCUGGGCGCUGCAGGAGCUGCCCUCACUGCUCGUCCCGCUCGGGCUCGUUGCCUGCGGCGGGGCGGUCGCGGCCGCCCGGCCCAACCGUGUGCUGCUGGGCUGCUUCCUCCUGCACUACGCGCACAGAGCGCUCAUAUUUCCUUUGCUGAUCCGUCAAGGAAAACCAACACCGUUUUUCACCUUUGUGUUAGCACUUCUGUUYUGUGUUUUCAAUGGAUACUUGCAGGGCCGAAGCUUGACCAACUAUGCAACCUACCCUCCAGGCUGGUUGGCAGACUCACGCUUCAUUAUAGGUUUUUUAGGGUGGUUGAUAGGCAAGGCCAUCAAUAUUCAUUCUGAUGAUAUCCUCAGAAAUCUGAGAAAACCAGGGGAAACUGGUUACAARAUACCAAGAGGAGGAAUGUUUGAGUAUGUCAGUGGAGCCAACUUUUUUGGAGAGAUCCUGGAAUGGUUUGGGUUUGCCCUUGCCUGUUGCACCAUUGAAAGCCUUGCAUUUGCAUUGUGUAGUCUCUUCAUCCUGGGUUCAAGGGCAAGACAACACCACAAAUGGUACCUUGAGAAAUUUGAAGACUAUCCUAAGGACAGAAAAAUUGUCAUCCCAUUUGUGUACUGAGCUGUGCCUUUAACACUUUGAGAUGGAUGCUUUUAGUAGCAGCCAACAUUUUACAGAUGUUGGCAGGUUAGCAACAUACUCUGAUCAUCACUGUGACAAAGCCUUUCCAUCAGUGCUGCUAUUACUUACUGCUUUUUCCUCUUAAUGGUAAUCCAGAAUCUGAUGGACAUGGUGAAUAGGAACCGAAAUGCUUUUCCAGCAGUGAAGCACUUUCAUAAAUACAUUAGGCAGUGAGUGUAAAUUGGCAUUGUGGGAAGUACUGUGCAUGACUUCUGAUGCUUCUUUUUCUGCCUGUGAGAGCUUCUGCUGUUUCCACUCAAUGAAGCCAUGCUGUCCUGAGGAUUGUGCUGUGAGCUCAGCCACCCUCACUGCAGUCUGGAUGGUGUGUUCUGCCUACACACACAAACAGGGUUAUUUUACUUGUUUUACCUUGCCUUACUAAUCCUUUCCAUUCCCCCCACCUGCAUUUCYAGAAGAGCUGGUGAUGUAGACCAAGGAGUUAGAUUAAUAUAGUUGCUUUUACAUGAGAAGCAGUGUUUUUCCUUUUCUUUGCACUCUUAAAAKUGUAGGGACAAUGUAUAGAUAAUAUUUAAUUAUAUUUACAUAAAAGUUGUACUGCUAAGGGAUUGAUAUUGUCAUCUACCUCUUAAAAUGGAUAGCUAUUUCAAUAUGGGAUAUGUCUUCUCACUCAAAACUGGUUUUGGAAGUCUUUUCUUAGGAUACUUAGACAAAUCUAGCAUUGUUAACAAUUGUGUAAUGUUUUCUAACUUUAUAAAAGAUCCUUGACAUUUAAAAAAAAUUCUUACUAUGCUGCUUUUAAAAUAAUCAAGUGUCUUCCUUCUUCUAUUGCUARCAUUCUAGAUGAUUUUAGAUUCUAAAAUUCUGGAGCCUUGUGUCAGUUCUCAUACCCUAACCUUUUACUCAGGGAGGACUCRGGAAGGGUUUCAAGAACAUGAAAGAACAUUCCAAGCAUACAGAUUUUCAAGUUACSUCUGCCUUUUGCAUGGUUGUGAUAACAAAGAAUCUUUUAGAAGUCCUGAGACAAAAAAAAAAACCCAAAACCACUCAACAGAGAAGUAAAAGAAAAACCAACCCCACAACAAAAAGCAAAACAACAAAAACCCCUAAGUGAACAACCAAAUUACAAUAAAUUAAAAAAAUAAAAUAAAACAAACAAACGAGCAACAGCUAAAACAACUUUCCAUAAAACCCCAAAACUCUGCUGCUAAUAUAAUUUGGAAAUAAAUGAAAAUCAAACUUUUGUCAA